CUCUCUCUCUCUCUCUCUCUCUCUCUCUCUCUCUCUCUCUCUCUCUCUCAUACUUCUUCUUCUAAAACAACCCACAUGGAUCCUCCAAAGCUAAUGCCUAUUUCUUGUAUCAAAGAGAGCAUGGAGUUCAAACCCAUGAAGGAUGAGUGCCAAACAUGGACAUGGACAGGAGAUCUCCACAGAAUACUAUGUAUGCAAGGUGGAGACGACGACGGUAGCUACGCCAAGAACUCUGAGGCCCCCGCUUCGGCAAUCACCCUAUCCAAGCCUUUGCUCAUACAAGCUAUUCAUUCAAUGAAGCUUUUUGAGGGUGAAGCAUCACUUCGUAUAGCUGACCUGGGGUGUGCUACUGGGUACAAUACAUUGGCCACCAUUGAAUUGUUGGUCGAGAGCUUAAGGCGACGUUAUGACAAGGAGUGUGGCUGUGUGCCCGAAUUUGAGGCCUUCUUCUCUGAUCUCCCAUCAAAUGAUUUCAAUUCACUCUUCCGCUCAUUGCCGACAUUACAUGAUAGCAAGAAGCAACAUUACUACGCAGCAGGCGUUCCCGGUUCCUUCUACUAUAGGCUCUUUCCUAAGGGGAAGCUUCACAUGGCAGUGAGCCUAAGCGCCUUACAUUGGCUGUCUCAGAUACCAGAGGUGGUUUUGGACAAGAGAUCACCAGCAUGGAACAAAGGGAGGGCCUGGAUUGACGGAGCGAAGAAGGAGGUGGUGGAAGCUUACGCCAAGCAAUCAGAAGAGGAUCUGAUGGCCUUCUUACGAUGCCGGAGGGAGGAGAUUGUGGUGGGUGGAGUGCUGUUCAUAUUGAUGGCGGGGCGGCAGGGAUCGCAACCACCAGAGAACCAGUUGGGAGACCCUGAUUCAAGGGCCAAGCAUCCCUUCACCAGCUCCAUGGAUCAAGCAUGGGAAGACCUAUUAAAUGAGGGAUUGAUCGAUGAGGAGCUGAGGGACACAUUCAACAUCCCAGCGUACAUGAGAAGUACGGACGAAGUAAAGGUGGCUUUCGAUCUAUGUACUGGGUUUGAGAUCCAGACAUUAGAGUACCAAAGAAUCCUUGAGCAUUCAAAGGAGAAGCAAGAGGAGUGGAUCAAGGAUCCAGUGUCCUAUGGAAGAGCUAAAGCAAACCUGGUCAGAGCGACUCUCAAACCGAUCGUGGAGGCCUACCUGGGGCCCAAGCUCUCGGACGAGCUGUUCAAGCGAUUCGAAAGGAGGGCGUCAGCAGACAUGGAAAUGCUCCACAAGACUUGCUUUUAUGGUGUGAUUGUUGUGUGCGCAAUUAGGAAAUGACACACUCUUGUAAGAAGUUAGUUAAAAAAAGAAGAGCCCUCUUUGUCUAGACUAGAAUUUACCCCAUUGAUUGCCAUCUUAAUCCUCAUCUAACUUGUAAAAACUCUCCAUUUCCAGGGAAAGGAAGCUUUUUCAUCCAAGUGAUUAUGAAUGCAUGUAAUUCCUGUUUGCAAGUAUCCCAUUUUACUAUUUAUCUCUUCAACAAUAUAAAACAGCUUAUCAAUC